CGGUCCUCUUUUUUGUAACCUUCGGGUUGGAGACUCACAGGCGUUUAAUCGGAUCCUCUGCUGUUACGUUUUGGUACAAUUCAUCUCCUCGCCAUGGCGGAACCCAAGAAGAUUAUCAUUGACACAGACCCUGGGAUCGAUGAUGCCAUGGCCAUAUUUGUGGCUCUGCAGUCACCCGAAGUGGACGUCAUCGGACUCACUACCAUCUACGGCAACGUCUACACCACUCUGGCCACUAGAAAUGCUUUACAUUUGUUGGAGAUCGCGGGGAGGACAGAUAUCCCAGUGGCUGAAGGAUCUCAUGUGACAAUAACUAAAGGUACAAAACUCCGUAUUGCUGAUUUUGUCCAUGGUGCGGAUGGACUUGGAAACCAAAACUUCCCUCCACCAGCAGGAAAGCCAAUUGAACAGUCAGCAGCUGCUUUUCUUAUCGAGCAAGCUAAACUUUAUCCUGGAAAAGUCACAGUGGUGGCACUGGGUCCACUUACAAAUAUUGCACUGGCUAUUGAACUAGAUCCUGGGUUUUCCAAAAACAUUGGGCAGAUUGUUCUUCUUGGUGGUGCUUUUGCUGUAAAUGGGAAUGUGAAUCCAGCAGCUGAGGCCAAUAUAUUUUGCGAUCCAGAAGCUGCAGAUAUUGUAUUCACAAGUGGAGCAGACAUUCUGGCUGUGGGGAUAAAUGUUACCCAUCAAGUUGUAUUGACAGAUGCUGAUCGAGAAAAGCUGGCACAGUCCAAUGGGAAAUUUGCCCAGUACCUGUGCAAGAUCUUAGAGGUCUAUUUCUCUUAUCAUCGCGAUGCAUACAACACCAAAGGUGUUUAUCUCCAUGAUCCAACAGCCCUUCUUGCUGCUGUUAAUCCCUCACUGAUCACUUACACAGAAGGUGUUGUUAGAGUACAAACAAGUGGCAUCACUAGGGGCCUUACACUAUUUUAUAACAAACAAAAGAGGUUUGCUGAAGUCACCGAAUGGACUGACAAACCCACAGUCAAGGUGGCAGUCACAGUUGAUGCUCCCGCGGUUGUCAAGUUGGUCAUGGAUCGGCUUAUUGAUUCAUAGAGAGUAUAAAGACAGGAACUUACUGAUAUUUCAGGAGGCUUCUGCUUCUUCCAUUGUUGUCAUCGGUUCUCAGCAUUGCCCUUCAAGUCAAUGGCCUUGACUCUUGGUAGCCGCACAUUGCAAAACCACUCAUGUUGAAUACAAACCCAAGUUUCUGAUUUGGUUACUGCACCAGUCGAGUGCAUCUCUGCAUCUCUAAAUAGUCAUAAAAUUGUGAAAGUACAGUUCUCUACUUGUUUCAGAAGUGUAACAGUGCUAAUGUUGGUUUUAGCAUAUGAAUUGAACCUGUAGUUGUCAAUGUUGGUUCUAGAGGAAAUUUGAAAGAGGUUUAAAACCAUUGUUGACAAUGCUAUUCUAAUGCAUAUGUACCAGAUCGUAUUU